AAGAGAGAAAGUAAAGAAGAGAGAUCAUUGCAUGCUCAGAUACACUAAAGAACGCCCACUGGUUUUUCAACUUCUCUUCCAAUAAGAACAACAUUACGUAUCCAUUAAUCUGUGGCCUGUUUUUGUUCAGAUUUUUGAAGAUUUUCUUGGAUAGUAAAUACUGAAUGAUGCAUAUAAUUCAGAAAAUCUUCUCUUUUAGUAUUUAUUUUAGUGUUGUGCUCCUCUUUCUUGUACAUUUUGCUGAAGGCUCAUCUGAUGAACAGAAGAAAUCUGGCAGUCUUCGCAACAGCAGUAAAAAUGUAAAUUAUCGAAAGACAUUGGAUAUUACACUCCACGGAGUUCUUUUAUGGGCUUCAAUGGGAUUCUUAAUGCCUCUUGGAGUACUAACAAUCAGAAUGUCCAGUACAGAGGAAUGCCACCAGACGUGGCGAAAAAAAUUGUUCUACGUUCACGCAAUUCUGCAGGUGCUAUCAGUACUACUUGCUACAGUUGGAGCAGUUCUUUCAAUAAGAAAAUUUGAGAACACAUUUGAUAACAGUCAUCAAAGAAUAGGAUUAGCACUUUAUGGUGCAACAUAUGUUCAAGUUUUGAUUGGAUUCAGAAGACCUAAGAGGGGAACAAGACGUAGAAGUUUAUGGUACUUCUUGCACUGGAUGCUAGGAACAACAAUAUGUUUGGUGGGAAUUAUAAAUGUGUACACAGGAUUACAGGCAUACCACAAGAGAACAUCAAAGGGUACAAGUCUUUGGAGCAUAAUUUUCACAGCUCAAGUUUCUUUUAUGGCAGUUUUUUACCUUUUUCAAGAUAAAUGGGACUACAUGAAAAAGCAAGGGAUGAUUCCAUCAGAACCUGUGAAUCCAAGAAUGGACAGUACUCAGAAGGAUAAUUUUAAUGAGGUAUCAUGCAGAAAAAGCAAUGCACUUGGAACUCACUUUUCAAGGAGCAAUGAACUCAAUAAAUUGUUUCAAUUGACAUGAAUGGAUUGAUAAUUGUUUGUUCAUAUUUCGAUUUUUGAUACAUAUAUAUUUUAGCGGUGGCUUUGAUUUUUCUUCUCUUUUUGUAUAAUAAAUAGUACUGUUGUUGUGAUGAGUGGAACGGAGUAGCAGAAAAAGUUGGAUUAUUCUCCUUGUACAUAAGGGGAUCCAUAAUGGACACCCUUAUGAAUCCCAUUAUGUACGCCUAGCAACGUCCAAAAAAGUUUGUAUGGCAAAUUUUAUAGUUGUUAAAACUUUAAAUUA